UCGAUAUUACAGAUUGUAAAUAGAGAAAUGGCCAUGCGAUUGAGAGGCAGCCGAACCGAUCGAGACAUGUGUUAUUGUUGAAGAGCUUUGGCCGGUGUUGUUUACGAAAAUGGAAAAAAAGCAAAAGACGAAGCCUCACAUUAUUAUGAAGGAACACGGGAUACCGAAUGCUUUCGAAUAUGAUAACCUGUUACACUUGAAUGAUGAUUGGAGCAUUGAUAAAUUUAAAGAGACAUUUCAGAUAAAUAUAGUGAACGAGAGUGAAAAUAAGUGCGAAUUGGAGUUUGACUUGAUUGGAUGCUCUUGCGCUUUAGCUAAUACGUAUCGAAGAAUUUUAUUGAGCGAGGUACCAUCGAUGGCUAUAGAGAAAGUAUAUAUGUUAAACAAUACUAGUUUAAUACAAGACGAAGUACUUGCUCAUAGAUUAGGGCUUUUACCAUUGAAAGCGGAUCCAAGAUUAUUCGAAUAUCCUUCGAAGAUCGUUAACGAGGAGGAGGAAGUCAGCGACCAAGAUACAUUGCGUUAUGAAAUUAAAGCGGUGUGCAAAUGGAAUUCACAAGCGCCUAAGGAUUCCAGAAGACCCGAUGACAUUUAUACCGGCAAUAAUGUUUACAGUCGAGAUAUAAAAUGGGUACCCAUUGGAAAGCAAAGCGAAUUGUAUCCACAGGGGGAAAAGCAAUUUAGCAUGAUAGCGGAUGAUAUUUUAAUUUGUAAAAUGAGACCGAAUCAAGAGAUUCAUGCAUUUAUGCACGCUGUGAAAGGUAUAGGCAAAGAUCAUGCAAAAUUUUCUCCAGUUGCUACCGCCACAUACAGACUUCUACCAAAUAUUCAAAUCGUUAAACCAAUAAGAGGAGAAAUGGCGGAAAGAUUUAAAAAUUGUUUUAGUCCAGGUGUGAUAGAAUUGGUAGAAAUUUCAAAGGGCACGGUAGAAGCAAAAGUUAAAGAUGCUAGAUACGACAGCUGUUCUAGGAAUGUAUUUCGUCACGAUGAUUUGAAGGACUGCGUUCAAUUAGGAAGAAUACCCGAUCAUUUUAUAUUUACUAUCGAAUCAGUCGGGGCUCUACCAUCGUCGGUAUUGUUUAUCGAGGCUGUCAAAGUGCUGAAAGAAAAGUGCAAAACAUUUAUAGAAGAACUGGACAAUAUCGAUUGACAUAGACACAGAGCGAGUGAUUUUUACUAUCGUAAAUGAA